GCCAGUCACACCAAUAGCGUUUAUGGCAGUUGCAGGCGCCUUUUUUGAAUGAUAUUCUAUGGGCAGGGCGCGUUUGCGCGCUGUUUAUGCGCGCCGAGCGCCUUGCGGUUUUUUGCCGCCUGCCGCGCACGCGUUUAUGAAGGAGCGCUGAGAGCGGAGAAGCGCCUGACGUCAUUCGUGUCUUUCCAUUGUCCAAUCGAAUGAGGGGAGAGGCGGGCCUUACGUUGUGGUGAGGGAAGUUAACAGUUGCUUUGAAGAACCGGACACCACUCGCUCACUCUCUCCUGUGUGUUUGUGCACCUCUCACCCUCAAACAAGGUCAGAGCAAGCGUCCUCUUUUUAAAGUUUCUGCUAAUAUGACAGUUAACAGCAAAAGAGCGCUCACGCUUCAAUAUUUGAUUGACAAGACAGCUGACUCGGUGGUUGCUUAGCAAUAUGAAAAGCCGCGUCGCACUGCUCUUUUUUUUAAAAAGGCAGUGCGUCGCGCCUUGCGUUUGCAAGCGUUUAAAGCGCUUUUGGUGUGACUGCAGCCUUAUACAGUUUCUCACAAUUGUUUAAACACAUUUCUUGAAACUAUUGUCCACUUCAAUACUUUAAAAAGAAAAAUAAAUCUUCAAACAACAUUCACACACUCUUAGAACGGAUGUGUUAAAAACAACACACUAAGGGACGGUUUCCCGGACAGGGAUUAGACGUUAUUUUAGUCCUAACCGAAAACAACUUGCACUGACAUUUCUUAAAACACAUCAGUGCUCUUUGUUUUGCCUCAAAGCACACACCAGUAAUGUUUUUAAGUAAGGCUUUUAGUUUGUUCAAACUAGUUAUAUUUCAUAAUUAAACUAAGGUCUAGUCCUGUUUUUAUGCUAAUCCCUGUGAGGGAAACCACCCCUAAAUGCAUUGUCUCAGAAUACACACAUCUCUGUUAUUAUUGAAACAACACAUUUUCUGUGACUUUUAACACAACUUGUGUUUUAUUUUAACACAAAAUAACACAUACAGCUGCAAACAAUGACUUUCUUACUUAGAAUUUUUGUCUUGUUUUCAGUAAAAUGUAAAACUUAAACUAAGAUGUAUUUUAUUGAUGAGCAAAAUGGCCUAGGAAAAUAAGUCUAGUUUUUGACAAAAAAUAUAUAAACUUUAAGUAAAUUAGUGCUUAAAACAAGCAAAAAAAAGUCAAUAGAAUAAGAAAAUGUUGGUGUAGCGUAGGUGUAGCAGAGGAUUUUCUCGAAAUUUAGAAAAGAACUGCCUUCUCCACUUUUUAAAAAAAUGCAAUUGCGCAACACUCUUGAUUGACAACUAGGAGGACCAAUAGUCUUGAUGAUCCAACCGGAGAAAGAAAAUCCUCCACUAUACCUUUAAGCACAAAUUAGCUUAAAUUUUAUAUUUUUUGUCUAAAAACUAGACUUGUUUUCAGUAAAAAUAUCUAAAAAUUCUUAAAUUAAGAUGUACUUUCUUGAUGAGCAAAAUGAACAAGGAAAAUAAGACAAAAAUACUAAGGAAGAAAGUGAUUUUUUGCAGUGAGGCUUUGCAUGGUUAAACGGUAUUCAUCUAUUAUCACUUAAGGUGUACUCACUUUUGUUGCCAGCUAUUUUGACAUGAAUGGUUAAAAAGUUAUUUUCAGAGGACAGUAAAUCUAUACUGCUAUAAAAGCAGCACAUUGACUAUACUAAAAUAUAUCCAAAUUUCAUUUCUAUAUAGUGUCCUUUAUGAACAUAUACUAAAAUAUUUGCUGAAAAUGCGAGGGGUGUACUACUUUUGUGACAUACUUAUCAUCACACCUGUACAUGCAGUAUGAAAUGUGUUUAAGUGGGUGAGAAUUUUAUGUUUAGAGUUUUGCAUACUGUGUCUACCAAACUUGUUUAAGGUUUUGCCAAAGAGUAAAUGAUUUGACAAAUUGGUUUAGACCACUGGGAAUUUGGUUUAGAGCAUUUAGGGGUGGUUUCCAGAACAAGGCUUACCCUAGUCCCAGACUAAAAUUCAUGUUUGAUCUGCCUUAAUUUAAAAACAUCUUUUCACUGACAUAACUUGACAUAUAUUAGAGACAAUGUUUUGUCUCAAGAUGUGCACCAGUAAUGUUUUUUGUGAGGUUUGUUUGUAAAAACUAGUUAAAUGUCCUAAUAUAACUAAGGCCUAGUCCUGGAUUAAUCUAAACCCCGUUCAGAAAACCACCGCUUAGUGUUUUAGCAAUUCGGGAAAAAAAACUUAUAGCAGAAGGACUGCUUUAACUCAUUUGCCGCCAGCCAGUUUUGUGUUUUUCCUCUGCUUUCAAACAAACAAACAAACCGGGGAAAAACAUUUCGUUAUACAUUUACUUUUCCCACUUAAUUUAACAACUGAAAUAUGGAUAUUUUUCUUCAAAAAUACAACAUUUUGAGCAAAAUGCUUAAAAAAUGAAUUUUUUAUGUUAGAGAUCAGACUCAGAACGAUUAUCAAACAUAAAUGCAUUAAAAAAAAUUAAUUAAAUAAUUUUUUGCUUCAGUUUUUGGUGAAUUCGGUUUCCGUACACCUUUUUAUAGAAAUUCGUCAAAUAUAAACUAGUGUUCAAACAUUUAAAGUUUCAUAUUCUUUAGUAGUGCCUUCUUCCACAUUUAUGAUAAAUAAACUCAUCAAAACUAUGGCAUUACACAAAUGUAAAUAUAGGAUUUAUGGUGUAACUAAAAACUAAAUACAAAAUAAAUUAAAACUGUUAUAUUUUAGUAUCUUCUUUGCUUCUUGUCAUUUUAUCACUUAGCUUCUUGACGUCUCACUCUCAGAUGCUUUUUUUAAUAAUACUGAAGGAGUUCACAUCAUUUCUGUAUUCUUAAUGUCUGAUUUUCUUUAUUCACAGUAUAUUUGAGUGUGAUAGCAGUGCGCUUCUCUCACCACUAGAGCUUGCACAUGACAAAAACUACAGCACCCACGUCCUUGCAUGCGUGCACAUUUUUCACAAGACAGCUUCAUUGAACAUCAGAACAAAGACAUACAUGUGAUCCUUCAAUACUAUGGCCUGUAACGAGGGCUCCGAGCGACACAUAAACCCGUUCGAGUGGCUCGUGUCGCAGUGAUGGGUGGACUGUGGGCAUUUCCACGCACACAGCUCUCCACGCGCCCCGGUGACUCACGGCUCUGAACAGAUGUCUGGUCCAGUACUGAGACCGGGCCACUGGAAACACAAAUGGCUGGUCGUGUAGAGGGAAGCUGGAGGUGUUGUCACAGAUUGAUCUGCAGCAUCCUGCGCUCCGGUGACAAGAGGAGGAGAUGCUCGUGGACACGCGCGUCUGGAGGGAUGCGGAGCGCCAAACUCUCAUCUUUAGGAUUAUUCCUACUUUUAUUACACAGCGCACAGGCUGCCCAGGAUGAUGUGAAUAAUGAGGCGUCUGGGUCAGCAGUGUCAUUUCUGGAUGUGCCCACCUCAACGUCCUUCCUUGUGAAGGAAACAAAUCCGUUGUCUGUAGUCCAAUUCAAUUCCACAGGCUCCUCAAAGGGUAACAGAGAACAAGCAGCAUUUUCCUCUAUACUUACUCUGCUGGCCGGCACGACACAAAGGCUUCAGCCGUCACAAGUCACUCCAGAGAGUCCCAUUAUAAGUACCAAUGAAACACAUCACUGGCCUUCAAACAGAUCUUUGGAGACAAAUGAAUCAUCAUUUGGCCGUUCGUCAUCAUCAGAGCUGGUCAGCAACAAUUCCUUCAUCUCAGGGUCUGAGUGGAUAUCUGAGCUGAUGUCACCGGUGGCCACACCCACAGCUGCAGACGUUCAGGUUAAAGCCAGUGGUUCCAGUAUAAAUUUCCCCAACAGAUUUGCAGACAAACAACAAGAACGACCAGCAGUCUCUACGCUCACCGUAUCUCAACCCACAGCAUUUACCAGCAAUACCGUUGCAACAACCAGCACCUCUUCUUUAACAACCACAGAGUUGACCAGCACUACCCAUUUAACCAGUGCCAAACGAAACACAAAAACAUCUUCAUCCUUCAGAUAUUCAACCACUCGAGUCCUGUCCUCUUCCACCUCACAAAGCACAAAGACAACCCUGUCGAAAAGCACUGCGGGCCCACCGGAAGCACCUGCUGGCGAAAGCACACUGCUCAGAUGUAACAUCACUGACCGAAUGUGGAUCAAAACAGUGCUGUCCAUUCAGUUACGGAGAAGUCGUCUAGAUAGUAUUCUGAAGCAGAAUCUCCCUAGAGGACUAACUAAUGCUCUGAAGAAAGCCUUAAAUGAUAGCAUGCUUCAAGCUAAGGUGGAAAGCAUUUCCAGCGUGCCUAACGUGACUGUUGGUUAUUAUGUGACCCGUGGAGAGAUGGUGUACACCGCUUCUGUGGUGGUGGAGGCUCUUACCGUCUACGGUAUUAAGAGAUUGAUGGCAGACAUCCGACAGUUUGUGCCUCUGGUCCAGGCAAUUUCCAUCCCAGCAGCACCCUGGAGGCCGAGUCCUGCCAUCUCAUACAUGCUAAAGACAGUCCUGAGGUUUGUUGGUCCAGAGGAUGACCUGAGAUCCUGUAGAUUUACUCAGAUGAUGGAGCAGAGAUUGGAGAAUGCAUUUGCUGAGGCAGAAGCCAUGGUGCUUAACUCUUACAGCAGCCUCACUGUACAGAUCUUGAGUGCAUCUCAGUCUUCAGGUUCUCCGGCUGUAUCUCUGAUAUAUGUGGUUCAUAAUGGUAGUGUCACUCUCAAUGGCACAACGGCCAGUAACCUCCUCAGUCGUCUGACAGCAGAACUCGUGGGCUACUUCCUCUUUUACCCUCCAUUGAUCACGGCAGAGCCUCUAGAGUACCACAACCUCAACACCUCAGUAGAAACAAGGCCAUUCUGGGUAAUCACAGUUAUUCAGGAUGUGGAGAACUCCUCUCUAGAGGGACUGUACCAAAGCUUCGCCAGUCUGAUGGAGGAACGCUUAGCCGAGCUACUUAUGGUGGCCCAUCAACAAGGCGUUCGCUUUAAAAGGGCAUCAACAGUGGGCAGUUACACGGUUCAGAUGGUGAGUCUCAGGCGUGUGCAUGGGCCAAAAAACCCAGCUGAGUUGACCUACUACGUCCAACAAAAUGGGACCCCACUGCCCGGCACAGCCACAGCCAAACUCCUGAAUACAGUGGAUUCACAGACCAUGGCGCUCACGCUGGGAUAUUUUGUCCAACUGCAAGCUGAAGCUGUGGUGAAGAGUCCACCCAAUAAUCUGUGGAUCAUCGCUGCAGUCCUGGCACCCAUCGGUGUUGUGACCCUCAUCAUCAUCAUCAUCACAACGGUGCUUUGUCAUAAAAACAAGAGCGAUUUCAAAAGCGAUCCUAUCGGCAGCUUCAACCCUAGAAUGAAGACUGCUUACUGGAGAGACGUGGGUUAUUACCCUCAGCCUGUUCAGGGGUUUGACUAUGCCAAGCAACACCUGGGUCAGCAGGGUGGUGAGGAGAAGACCCUCACAGUUACCCAGGAGACCAAGGUUCUGCCCCAUCCCAUUCGAGAUGCCUCACUGUCCUUAGAUAAAGUCAUACGUCAGGAUGGGUCUGCAUCCAAGAAGAUCUUAACCAGCGAGAUGAGAAAAAGUAGGUUGCCGAGUGAGGAUGGCUCUGUCAUCAGCGGCGAAUCAGUGAAGGAAGUUUCAGGCAAGGGCUCGAUUGUGCAAAAAGCCACAGCGCAGCAGAAACUCACAAAGGAGGAGACGAGAAAGAGUAAUGAUAAUUAUGAUAGUUCCUCUGGAUCACUUCAGCUAAUUUCCAUAAAACCAAUCACAGCUCAGCCCACUUACUCACACCCUGCAUCAUCCGACCGAAGUCAGGACUCUGCCACAUUCAAUGGAGAGUUGAAUUUGGCUCUGAAACAGAAAUCAGACAUUGAGCACUACAGGAAUAAGCUGAGGCUGAAGGCGAAGAAGAAAGGUUACUAUGACUUCCCUUCUUCUGGGGCGAGAAGCAGCAGCAGCAAAGAGUUGAGCCAGCAACACAAAUAUAAUCACGACCCACCUCCUCACCCUCAAAACAAAGCUCCAGAACUGGAGGACGACAGGGGAUCCACAUAUGUCAAGCAUCACAAAAGAGACUCGCAGGUGAGGCAGCCUUCACAUCGCAGCAGACAGUCUCUAAACAGUCCCAGUCCUGGAGGAACAGAGAUGGAUCUUCUGGUCAUGAGAGAAAGACCCAGAAAAGGAAUCCGCAACAUUGGUUAUGAUACUGAGCCAGAGAUUAUCGCAGAGACUGAUGUGGACCGUCCGGCCAGCCGCCAUUAUUAUGGAUGUGGCCGACAGAUCAAAGGUCAAUCAGAAACAUCCACGCUGAGUUCUCAGCCCUCAAUCAAUGAGGUUCGUCAACAGAUGCACCUCCUGUUGGAGGAAGCCUUUAGUCUGGCUUCAGCUGGCCAUUCCACCUCCGGCAGACACCAUCACCCACACCAUCAGCAUCCACCUCUGGGGUCUUAUGGUCUGGGUCCAGUCAUUCCAUACUCAGAGGUGGUAACCAGCGCACCGGGCACCACUAGUCAAGGUCAGGGAGGUCUGCAAUGGGUGCCAGCCUACAGACCAGAACCUUACCAGUACAGCCUGGCCAAACAGGCAUUCAGAUUUACUCAGCUUCCUGACAUGGCUUUAGGGUCUCCUCCACCACCCAUCCCUCCGAGAACAGGACCUCCACCUGAACCCUCACUGAGACGGUCCUCCUCUGAUCUUGGACCAAAGGGUCCCUGCUCUGAGUCUUCAGCACAGAGUCAGCAUGACAGCGCCACCUAUAUGCCAGACAGCAGAGCGCCACAUCCACCUAUCACUACAGAAACUAUUUCCAACCACUCAGGAAAUCCCAUGACAGCAGUGUAUGCCAUCCCAGCCAGUCGUCCUGGGUACACGGGCUAUUUCAUCUCUACGCCACCCUCCUCCUAUCACAGCCCGUCCUGGAUGUCUUACCCACCUGAACCCGAGGAUGUGCCACCUCAGUGGGCUGAAUCUAUUCCUCUACCGGGUUACGCAGAGGCCUUUCCUCACCCCCACUAUCCUCAGGGCAGCCCUCUCCUGUGGCACCACAGCCAGGCAACGUCAGGACAGGGCGGUCCAGAUCAUCCACCCUGUUCAGCAUCCCAGCAGAGUCUUGAGUCUGGAGAUCUGAUCAGUCCUGACACCCCCCUCAGCGGUCUGUCCACUUCAGCUCUGAUCAAAGCCAUCCGUGAUGAGGUGGCCAAACUGGCUAAGAAGCAAGCGGACAUGUUUGAGUUCCAGGUGUAGAGCUGUCCAGUGCACCAGCUGAAAUCAACACAUACAUGUCUUCUCCAUUGAUGAUAUUUUAUUGAAUCCUUCAAUUAAAUGCCGGUCUGCUGUUUAUACAGAUUUUGUGUGGUUCUCUUUAGCUCUGUGCCAUUGUAGUAUAACAUAUGUAUUUCAAGGUUUUAUUUAAUGGGACAAUAUGACAGUCAGUUUGACAGUGUUGUGUUUCAUUUAUGUAUUAGUAAUAAUUUAAAACAGAAACUUUCAGUAAAUUUCCAAGGCAGCCCAUAAGAAAACAUCAACACUUUACAAGCUCAAAGCCACGAUAUACAGUACUCUGGGGUGUAACAGCAUGUUUAGAGCUUAAGAUAAUGAGUGUCGUAAUGAGUGCGUUUACACAGGCAGAAUAAACGGAUAACUAUCAAAAAUCUGCUUAUUAUAGAAAGCUGAGAUUUGGGGCGAUGUCUGAUUUCUGGCAGGCAGUGAUGUCACCGCCUAUAGUACGUAGACUGACCUAAAGGAUUAUUAGGAACACCAUACUAAUACUGUGUUUGACCCCCUUACGCCUUCAGAACUGCCUUAAUUCUACGUGGCAUUGAUUCAAGAAGGUUCUGAAAGCAUUCUUUAGAAAUGUUGGCCCAUAUUGAUAGGAUAGCAUCUUGCAGUUGAUGGAGAUUUGUGGGAUGCACAUCCAGGGCACGAAGCUCCCAUUCCACCACAUCCCAAAGAUGCUCUAUUGGGUUGAGAUCUGGUGACUGUGGGGGCCAUUUUAGUACAGUGAACUCAUUGUUAUGUUCAAGACACCAAUUUGAAUGAUUCGAGCUUUGUUACCUGGUGCAUUAUCCUGCUGGAAGUAGCCAUCAGAGGAUGAGUACAUGGUGGUCAUAAAGGGAUGGACAUGGUCAGAAACAAUGCUCAGGUAGGCCGUGGCAUUUAAACGAUGCCCAAUUGGCACUAAGGGGCCUAAACUGUGCCAAGAAAACAUCCCUCACACAAUUACACCACCAGCAGCCUGCACAGUGGUUACAAGGCACGAUGGAUCCAUGUUCUCAUUCUGUUUACACCAAAUUCUGACUCUACCGUCUGAAUGUCUCAACAGAAAUCGAGACUCAUCAGAGCAGGCAACAUUUUUCCAGUCUUCAACUGUCCAAAUUUUGGUGAGAUUGUGCAAAUCCUAGCCUCUUUGUAGUGGAGAUGAGUGGUACCCGGUGGGGUCUUCUGCUGUUGUAGCCCAUUCACCUAAAGGUUAUGCGUGUUGUGGCUUCACAAAUGCUUUGCUGCAUACCUCGGUUGUAACGAGUGGUUAUUUCAGUCAACGUUGCUCUUCUAUCAGCUUGAAUCAGUCGGCUCAUUCUCCUUUGACCUCUAGCAUCAACAAGGCAUUUUCGCCCACAGCACUGCGGCUUACUGGAUGUUUUUCCCUUUUCACACCAUUCUUUGUAAACCCUAGAAAUGGUUGUGCGUGAAAAUCCCAGUAACUGAGCAGAUUGUGAAAUACUCGGACCGGCCCGUCUGGCACCAACAACCAUGCCACGCUCAAAAUUGCUUAAAUCACCUUUCUUUCCCAUUCUUACAUUCAGUUUAGAGUUCAGGAGAUUGUCUUGACCAGGACCACAUCCCUAAAUGCAUUAAAGCAACUGCCAUGUGAUUGGUUGGUAAGAUAAUUGCAUUAAUGAAAAAUAGAACAGGCGUUCCUAAUAAUCCUUUAGGUAAGUGUAUAGUCGUAUCUCUUCUUCUCGUGUCUGCAGAACCUGUAAAUGUAACAUGAGCUUUAAUUUUCGCAGUUUCUUUGCCAACUGCUUGAGUCGAGGGCAGACUUUUCUGAGUUACGUUUCGCUUACUUCUGGGUGUGACGUUUACAUGCAAUGCAAAAUCGGGGUAAUGAGCAAAAAACUACCUGUGCUGAUCGUUUUUUGUUUACAUCGUCUAUGGGCUUUGCCCAAUAGAUGAAAAACGUUUUAUGCGCUUACAUGACCCCCCACAUUAUCAGUUUAUUAAGCAUAAUCAGCGUUGUGCAUUUAAACACACUCUUGACUUGACAUUGAAGUCUGACAAUUUGAUUGAAUAAGGAGCUGUAAGUGUGAGCUGAAUCCCUAGGCCUUGCCUUUAAUUUAAAUGAAUGAGUUAUUGGCUCGCUUUGCAAAAUGUUGAAUAAGGAUGACAGUAAGAAUGUACUGAAUUUAAAAUCAAAGAAAUUCAACACAGUCACAAAACAAAGAUGCCUAAAGAUGUGAAGCCAGAUGCCUCCUGCGCUCAUGAUUUAACCUUGUUAUACAAAAGAUGGGAUAUAUUUAAAAAGUUGGAAAUAUUAAAAUAGGAGCCAUCAUUUUAUAUACUGUAUGUCACAAUUUUAUUAAUUCACAUAGCAGAAGGAAUGUGUUAUGUUAUGUUAACUUAAAUAACAGUAUAACCUGUAACAAUGUUCUGUAAAAGGUGCUAAUGUCGAUGUAAUGCAUUGUCAUCAUGGUGGAGAUAAAUGCUAGACACCUUUAAAGGCUAAUAAUCACACUUUUUGCUCUUUUAUAUUAACUUAAUGUUUGUUGGAUAUAAGGGCUUUUUUAAUAUUGUAACAUAAAAUGCAUUUCAGAUAGACUCAUCUGUCUUAUAUACUCACACACAAUGAUCUUUUUUUACUUUAAAGCAAGUUUUGACUGGCGGUCGAUUAUGCAUGACUCAAGUUUCUGUGAUUUGACUUUGACUUGUACUGUUCAAAAUGCACUUUACUCUUAAUUUUUGGUCACAUACAAGUUCUGAAAAAUCACUCAAAUGUUAAAUGAUGGUCUAUAGAGUAUUUCAAAAGUGAUUGAUUUUUAAUUGAUAUUACUAAAAUUUGCUCACAUCAUUUGUUCAGCCAAAACAUAAGCACUGAACUUGAGCAUGUUACUGUGUAAUCUCAAAAUGACAAAUAGACAUCAUUGUGUUACGGUUUAUGUUUGAUUGUGUGUAACUUGAGUUUUUUCUUUAGAUAUUUUUAAUUAGAAUCAUCACUGACUUUAAAAAAAAAUAACUUCCAUCUAAAUCUCAGUUCGAGUGUUUUCACAUAUUCAUUUUUAGGGAGCCUGAAGAUUUUAAUGUACAGAUGUACAGUUUUCUUACAAACACUCAAAGCACUGAAUGAAUGAUCUCUAAUAAAAAUCAAAAAUCAGUUGCAGGCGGAUGUUACAAUUCCAGUAACAUUAUAUGGUGGUUAAGUCAUUUGCAUAUGAGUCAUGUUGUCAUGGUAAAAAUAUUUAAGGUUUAUUCAUUUAAGCAUUAAGGAAAUAUUUUAAUAAAAUGGUUUGAGCUGAUUUUGACUUUCAAUUCAAUUUUAACUGGAAAGGCACUGAAAUAAUCAAAACAGAAAUAAAAUAAAAAAAGGUUCAUUAAUAAUAGAUUUUGAAUGAUUAUUUCAUUUUCUAAUUUCUCGAUAACUCACCCCCAUGUCAUCCAAGAUGUUUAUGUUAUU